AUGUGGCUAUCCGUGUUGACACCCGGCUGGCCUUCGGCCGGCCAGAGAUGCGACGCUAGACUGCGCAGGGACGCUAGUGGACGCGGGGGGGUUUAUGAACAUCUUGGAGGAGCACCCCGGCACAGAAAACUAUACUGUGCCACCAGGUAUCAUCUGCGAAUACACCCCAACGGUAAAAUUGACGGCACUGCUGAAGAAAAUAACCCGUUUAGCAUUCUGGAGAUCACAACAGUAGAUGUGGGUGUGGUGGCCAUAAAAGGGUUGCUCUCAGGCAGAUAUCUGGCCAUGAACCAUCGAGGGCGGCUGUAUGCCUCAGAUGCCUUCAGUCAUGAGUGUGAGUUUGUGGAACGGAUACAUGAACUGGGCUACAAUACUUAUGCUUCCCGACACUACCAUACACUAACACCAUUGGCUGGUGGUUUUACACACAGUUCAAGUACUGAGAGACUGUGGUAUGUUUCCAUCAAUGUCAAAGGCCAGCCAAGGAGGGGUUUUAGGACCCGGGGGAUGGAGAGAGCUUCCCUCUUCCUUCCACUUCUGUUGGGAAAUGAAGACCAUGACAUGGUGCUUUUGUUUGGUAGCAGCACAUGGUACCGAGAGACCAUUCUCAGUACAGCAGGUCAGACCCAGCACAGGAUGCAGAGACACGGAGCCAGUGUGACCCAAGUCAACAAAACAGAUGACUGA